AUGGCUUCAGAGAAUGGUCAGCUUUGCAGAAAUUUGCAAAAGUACCACUCUGCCUCCAGGCCCAUACGGUUUGUAACAGAGAGCAAGACGUUCCCGUUUGGUCAGGAGAUCACUGUCCAGGACUUGAACUCUGUGCAAAGCCAGGAUGGGAUGGGUGCCAAAGCAAAUAAGAAAUCCAACUAUCAGCACAGCAUCAGUGUUAAUGUUGGGGGGAAAAUCUUUCAUAUCCCCAUGAAGUUCGCUGCUAAAUACCCUCACACGAGGAUCGGCACCUUGGUCCUGUGCAGGGACAGAGAAAAACUUCGCACUUUAUGUGAUGAUUACUCUGCGCUCCAUAAUGAGUUCUUCUUCGAUCGUGACCCUAUCUUCUUCCACCACAUCUGCCAUUUCUACACCAGCGGGGUGCUGUGGGUCAUGAGAGAAAUGUGUCCCAUUGGCUUUGAGGAAGAGAUUGCGUACUGGGGCCUGAGCCCGAGGGACACCCAACGCUGCUGCUGGAUAGUUUUCGAAGAAAAGUUGGAUGAAGUGAAGGAGCAGCUGAAGGUGGAAAGGAACUCAUGGCCUGAAAGUGAGGUCAAGACAUUCGACGACAGGUGUUACAAUGGGAUGAUCUUGGGGAAUAUGCGAAAAAUUCUCUGGAACUUUGUGGAGAAUCCAUACUCGUCACUUUGGGCGAAGGCUUUCACUGUGUUGUCCAGUUUUGUACUUUUCUCUAUCGCAGCAUUGACGCUCAGCACUGUGGAGGAACUUCAGGUAUAUAACGUCAAAGGCAAAACCUACAUGGAAUGGGUGGAGAUAAUCACCAUUGUCUUCUUUACCUUUGAAUAUUUAAUCCGAUUAACGACAGCUCCUGAUAUGAAAGUGUUUUUGAAAAGCGGACUCAAUUUUGUGGACACGGUGGCUGUAAUGCCAUAUUUCAUUCAGCUCAUCUUUGAUGUUUUUACUGACUCUGAGCAUCUCAACGCCCAGAAGGACUUCAGGACCAUGUCUCGGGUCACCAAACUAAGUCACGUCCUCAAAGUCAUUAAGUUGUUGCGGAUUUUCCGUAUUCUAAAGCUUGCCCGCCAUUCGACCGGCAUGAAGGCUUUUGGAUUCACUCUGCGUCAGUGUUACCAGCAGGCCUGUUGCAUUCUCCUCUUCAUUGGCAUGGGAAUCUUCAUCUUCUCUGCACUCUUACAUUCAGCUGAAAGGGACACAGAGGGCUCUCCCAUCACCAGUAUUCCCUCUGCCUGGUGGUGGGCUACAGUUAGCAUCUCCACGGUUGGCUAUGGUGACGUGGUUCCUGUAUCCAUCCUGGGCCGGAUUGUGGCCUUCGCAUGCAUCUCAUUUGGCAUCAUUCUCAACAGCAUGCCGAUCUCCUUCCUCUUUAACAAGUUCUCAGAUUACUACGCCAAGCUGAAGGCUCAGGAGUGUAACACGACCUCAGUACAACGGCGCUUUCAGCUUAAGAAGCGUCUCUGCAGCAAAAUGGACAUUUGUUUUCACCCCACUGAAGAAGACAACAGUACAAACAGCUGCUAUCAGCACCCGCGCUGAACACUUUUCUUUAAGCAGUUUUAAAAUAAUGUUGAAUUU